GGGGAAAACCGAAGCAAGGGCAGGAAAUCAAUUUACAAUCACAACUGCUCACCAUUAGCCAUUAAAAUUGCGUCAAUCAAGAGAAAAACCUCGCCAUUGCCCGCAGCAACAUCGAAGCUAGCCAAUUUCAGCCAACAGGACGCACAACAGCAGCAGGAGCAAAAGUCCGGCGAAUUUAAGGCAGCAGCUGUCAGCCAAUUGGUGGCAACAGUUGUCCAGACAACAACAUCCGUAGCCACAACAGCAGCAGCAGCAGCAGCAACAACAGCAGCAGCAGCAGCCGCAUCAGCAGCGGCGGCAGGAGCAACAACAGUAGCAGCAGCACAAGCAGCAACACCGAAAGGAGCAACACCCGCAGGAGCAACACUAUCAGCCGUUAAAUAUCCUAAGGCCAGCUCCUUGAGUCAGCAGCAACCAACAACAACACCACCACCGCCGCCGCCACCACCACCGCCACCAACCACACCACCUCUACAGGAAGCCGCAGCGGUAGCAACAACAAGUGUUGCCGGGACAACAGCAACACACGCAGCAAAGGCCAGCAAAGCCACAAGCAGAACAAGCAGCAGUAGCAGCAACAGCAACAGCAGCAGCGGCAACAACAGCGACAGCGGCAACAGCAACAACAUAAACAGCAACAACAGCAGCGGCAGCAACAGCAAGAGCAGCAGCAGCAGCAAUAACUGCAACAGCAGCAGCAACACCACCAGCAACACCACCAGCACCACCACGACGCUGUACACGUGCUCCAGCGCCUCCUCGUCGCUGAUUGCCCAGCCGCCGCCAACAAAGAUAUUUAAGACGGAUCACCAUCUGUGCGCCGCCUACGGACUGCCGACCGCCACCGCCGCCGCUGCUGUUGGUGGGCAUCCCUGCGUCUACUGCGUGAUACCUGUGCCCGUGGGGAGCUCGUCUAGCGCCGCCGCCGCACCUCCAACAUCGCGCAGCGCCUUCCCCGGCGCCCCGCUCACCGCCUCAGCCGUCGCACUCAAGGGCGCCCUCCCACAGCGGCCACCGGCCAUGACAAGUCCCGCAGCCGCUGCCGCUGGCGCCGCUCUGGCCGCCGGUGCUCCAUACCGCGGCGCCGCCAGCUGGACCCCGCAGGGCUAUGCCCCGGCCGCUGCCGCAGCCGCCGCUGCUGUCGCCCAGCAGGCAGCCUACCGCUAUACGGCGCCGCUGCCCCAGCCGGCGUAUGCCGCCUAUACGCCGCACACGGCCACCACACCGGCCACAACCACGGUAAGUUUUCUAAACCAACCUGUGGACUAUUAUUGGUACGGUCAGCGAGUGCCGACGGCAGCCUCACCGAGCAACACCAACUCGAGCAGCUCCUCGAACACGGGCUCCCAGAGCGGCACCCUGAGCACCAGCCUGAGCAACACGACGAACACCAACACGAACAUGGGUCCCAACGGCACGGUACAGAAUCAAAACCAACAGGGCGGCGAGCAGUUGUCCAAGACAAAUCUCUACAUUCGCGGACUGCAGCAGGGCACAACCGACAAGGAUCUAGUUAAUAUGUGUGCACAAUACGGAACCAUUAUAUCAACCAAGGCUAUUUUAGAUAAAACAACAAACAAAUGUAAAGGUUACGGCUUCGUCGACUUCGAGCAGCCAGCCUUCGCCGAGUGCGCCGUAAAAGGAUUGCAGGGGAAGGGCGUGCAAGCUCAGAUGGCCAAAGUGGGUAUCUGGGUGCUUCAUAGGCCGGCCAUUCAACAGGAACAGGAUCCCACAAAUUUGUAUAUUGCAAAUUUGCCGCCCCACUUCAAAGAAACUGAUCUGGAGGCAAUGCUAUCGAAAUACGGACAAGUUGUUUCGACCAGAAUAUUGCGUGAUCAGCAGAUGAACUCCAAGGGCGUUGGCUUUGCCCGCAUGGAGAGUCGCGAGAAGUGCGAGCAAAUCAUUCAGAUGUUCAAUGGUAACACAAUACCGGGUGCCAAAGAUCCCCUGCUGGUUAAGUUUGCCGAUGGCGGACCAAAAAAGAAGAAUCUCUUCAAGACGCCCGAUCCGAAUGCGCGUGCGUGGCGCGACGUCUCCGCGGAGGGGAUUCCCGUGGCCUACGAUCCCACAAUGCAGCAGAAUGGAGUUAGCGUGAACGUGGGCACGCCCAUCGGAGUGCCCUACUCCCGCUUCAGCGCCCCCCAGGUGGGUGGCUAUCCAGUGGCCGGCUCACAGUGGAUACCCGGUUACAUGAUGACCCAACCGAUCACUCAGGUAGAUGAUCAGACUUCAUAUUCUCCACAGUACAUGCAGAUGGCUGCUGCCCCGCAGCUGGGAGUGACCUCAUACAAACCGGAGGCGGUUAACCAGGUGCAGCCCCGUGGCAUCUCGAUGAUGGUUAGCGGCGAUACGGGCGUGCCAUAUGGAACGAUGAUGCCUCAGUUGGCCACCCUGCAGAUUGGCAACUCUAACUUUUCUCCAUCGUUACAGUAUAUUAGUCCAACUUAUCCAUAUUAUGCACCACCACCAACUAUUAUACCAACAAUGCCAAUGACAGAUUCCGAACAGGCUAGCACAGCUGCAUCACCCGACGAGGCAUACACACAGUAUCCACAUCAAGCCGCUCCCAAAUAGGUCUUCGCGAGCUAUAAUAUAUUAGUACCCCAUUUGAGUACUAUAUAAAUUGGACGAGAGUGAGAGCAAGCCUGGUGGAAGCGGAACAGCCAGGGAGGAAGGAGAAUCAACAUCAAAAGCAGAGGAUCGGAUAAAGGAGUCUACAACAACCACCACAUGAACAACAACUAGAAGAGGAAACUGCUAAAGCAACAACAUCGGCAGAAGAAUGAAAAACACAGCAUGCAGAAUCUAGAGAAAAGCCAUCCCGAAAAGACGGGAAAAUCCCCGAGAGCGGUGGCAGAGAAAUAAUGUAUAAAUAAGAAGGUUGGAUGUGAGGAUGAAGUUUAGGGGGUUACAUGAAUGCGAAAAGUAAAGCCGGUCUCCGAAGAGACGAGCGCAUAAGACGCGAGAAAAAAGUGAAGAAAAGCAAAGACUAAACUUAAAUAAUAGAGAAUAGUUAUACACUAAAUAAACAACCAGAGAAGCAAAAGCAGUGCGGCAACCAUUGCCAAAAGAAACAGCGGCAAACGAGAGAAGAGCAGUCGAAGAUAUUUACAAAAAGAGAACUGCAGGAUGCGAAGAGAAAGCAAAGUCAAAGGAAAUUCACUUGGGGGUCGUAAGAACUUGAGGAAAUCUGCAGAGAGAAAAAAAACAAAAACUAUCGCAGAUUAGAGUUAAGUUAACUUUGUUAAGCGCAAGAGGAAAAUCAAUUGCAUGGGGGAAACCGAUGGGAAGAGCGAUGUAAAAAUAGAAGAGAAAAUAAAAAGAAACUAUUUUGCUAAUUUUGAGCUAGCAAAACCUAAGCAGACAGAAAUUUGUGAAGUGAAAGAUGGGAAAAAAGCGAAACAGCAACAAAAACAAAAAUAAAUGUGUGUGCAAUGUAUGUUAAAAACCCGUAAGGAAAAACAGAGCAAAUAAAAACGAAACAAAAUCCAUUUCGAUGAUGAUAUAAACAAAGCAUAAAUCUUAAGUCAAACUGCGGCGGCAACAAAGAAACCCCCAGAAGAACGAAGAAAGCGCAACGAUGCGCAGAAGAAAGCAAAACUUUUUUACCUUAGAGGCAACGUUUUCUUUGUUGUGGCCUGCUAAAGAAGAUUUUUACGAUGAAACUCAGACUCUACCUAUGUUUUGUUCUGUUUGUCUAAUUUGUAAUAUUUAUUUUGUAUUUUUGUUGAAUCGUGUUGAACAGCACAAAGAACGGAAGCAGAGGAAAGCGUAGAUAGCCACAAAGAGAAAGGAGAUCUUUGGUUUGUUUUCUCCUUUUGUUGGUUUCUUGAACCAAACAUGCAAAUUGUAUAAAGCAAAGAUCCGAAGAAAAGAAAACAAAACAAAAAACAAACCUUAAAAAAGAAAUGUCUAUUUCCCCCCCCAUUUGACAUUCGUUUUGUGCUAUCCAAGCAGUCAGAAAGAAGUAAAAAAAAAAAAUGUAUGCAAAAGAAAUGAGAAGAAGAAGCCUUUGAAACGGGCAAAAAUCUAGUAUUAAGUCUUAGCAAAACAAAAGUAAGAAAAUUGCAGUAAGCAAAAACAGAUUUAGUAGUUCUAGAGAUCUAAAAGAAAGCAGAAGAUGUGGAGAAUAAGCAAAAGCUUACAAAGACCGAGAGGAAAAUGGGGAAUCUUGUACUAGUUUUUAGCAUAUUUUUUGUGCUCAUCAGUCGAUUUAAUGAAUGAAUUUUUUGUAGCUGUCUACAGUUUUUUACGUUAACUGUUUUUUAGACAUAUUAAUGAGGAAAGUAAAAACCAACAAAAACAACAUAGAUAUAGUAUAUUUUUUCUGCAUAUGACGAAGUUGUUGAGGCAGGUGAAGAAUGAUGUUUGAUUAGCAUGGAAACCAAGAGGCAAACACUUUUUAAAAGGGAAUAGCGAAACAAACCGAGACAACACACAAGAAGUAGCAAAACACAGUAAACAGAAAAUAAAAUUUGAAACUGUAGCAUUGUAGUUUAGCUUUGUGAAGGUGACGGCUGGAGAAGAAUGUACGAUUUUUUGAAGGAUCAGCUAGGAUCGAAAAGAACAACAGCAACAACAACAGCAGCAGCAGCAGCAACAACAACUGGCACAGGCAGUAGCAGAAAUGUAUAACAAAAACCAAGAAAAUUAAUGUUAAAUUACAAAAAAAAAACAAAAUGAAGUAAGAUAGAAGAGAAACUACGUUUAGUAAACUUAGUUAGUAAGCAAAGAUUUCUUUAGUCUUGUAAGCGUCUCUUAAGUAGAGUUGAACAUGAAGUUGAGUAUGGAGUUUAGAAUUGAAAUUUAACCUUUUUCAAAGCCUAGCAUAUUUAUUUUUCCGAGACACACACAUACACACACACUGGACAGAGAGAAACAAACACACCAACACGGACACACCUAUCAAGCCUAAGCAUUGUAUUUGUGAUUUUUUCGAAUGUUAAUUGAUUAGCGAAACACGAUGAGCAAAAUAAGCGAAACAAGGGAAACAUCAAGUGGGCGAUGUGGGUGGGAGAAAGUGUGGCGAAGUGAGAACUUUUUGAGAAUCUCCGUUUGAGCAAGGACACCCUCUCACCACAAACAACAUUCCUGAGCAAAGUCUUUGAUUUGAUUUUGAUAUAUAAAAAUUUUUGUAUGUGUUGAUACGAUUUGAUUUUCGAGUUUAGAGCUGUCGAGUCGCCUAACUGAACUAUCUACAUAUAUAUACAUUAUAUAUAUAUAUAUAUACAUAUAUAAAAACGUAAGAAACACAACGCCAAAAGUCUUCCUAAGCCUAAAACCAAAACAACAACAUAAUGCAAAUGUUUUUUUUUUCAUAUUACGAUUAUUUGCUUUAGACUGACUACGAACUGAAACUGUAACAAUAACAACAAAUGCAGGAUUGUAAACCCAAAAAUAAAAAGAAAAGAAAUGAAAAUGUAACACAAUACACCUAGAAUCACCUCCUGAAGUUAAUGCAGGCAUCGCAAAAGAUAUCUAUUUUGCCAAGACAUUCCAAAAGCGAAAUUGUUUAAAGAGAAAUUCGUGCAAGAUGCCUGCAUUUGUUGUCCUUAAAAAAGAAGAAUCACAAAUACAAGAACCACUCAUUGGGAGGAUAUUUUUGAAAGAUUUUCAAUCCUGUUUUCCUCGAAACAACAAACACAACACACGCACACACAUACACCUCCACCCUGCCCCACUAAAAAAAAAAGAAGAAACAAAAAACUCACACACAAAGUGCAAUUUUCUUUCUGUAGUUUUCAUUGAUUUUACUUUGUUAGCAGGAAAAGCAACUUAAGCAAAUUGAGAAAGCAUUAAAGUCUAAGUUAUUUAUAAAUCGACGAAGGAAACGAGAUGAGCUGGGGCCGUGUCUUAUCGCCCCGCCCUCCCUAGGAAAGUGAAAAUGAAAUUUAUGUUUUAGUGAACGGGAAUGAAAUCGAGUCGAAGAAGCAGGAGAAGAAACCUAGUAUAUAAGAUCAAAGCCUAGUGCGUAAGUUUAGAAAAUCUAAGUACAGUGUUGACAAGCAAAGAAGAACGCAGAUGCGGAAACGAGUAGCGUAGUGAACGAGAAAAAGAAAUGUAGCAAGAAAGACGGAGUCGAGUAGGACAUAUGAUUUCUAGUUGGUAGCGAAAGGAGAAAGAUUAGUUGGUUAGUUGGAGUGCAACACACGUAGAAAGUUGUAGUUUUUGUGUAGUUAGAGCGACAGUGUUGAAGAAUGCCGCGUCGCACAGUUUGAGGUUAGGUUUAAUUUCUGAAAAUAAACGUAAGGAUGAGAUGAGAUGAGAUGCAUGGAUAAAAGCAAAGGACGUUGGCGAGGGUAAAACAAUAAAAAUCAACCGACGAGGAGUGUUCUAAUCUAAAAAGCUAUACUGACUUUUUGUGUGUGUAUUUAAAUCUACUUUGACAAGAAACCAAACUGGGAACUCGUUUGUUUUGCGUCUGUAUUUUGUUUUAAUUUAACGCGUUUUACUUUAGUUUUUUAACUAAUUUUAAGUAGUUAAUUUAUUAUUUGUCUUAAAAUCGCCGAGACCCCAAUCAAAAUUCAAGAUUGCUUGGGUAUCUCGCCCCUGAUUGAAAACCUCUCGCAAGAGAAGCGAAUCGAUUAAAUUUGAUGCAAGUGUUGAAGUAAUUUUUAAAAUUCAAACAAAAAAAAUGUCUAGUGCGUAAAAUUGAAAACUAAAAACAACAAAAAUUUCAAUAAAAACUAAAAAAAAAACACAAAAAAUAAAUCAAUUUGGUUUUAAGUGCGUUUUUCUUCGUUUAGUUUUGCGUUUUCAUUCGAUGUGAUUUCUUAGUAGUAAAAUGUUUGCUAUAUGAAUUACCAGUACGCUUUUUCACAACCCACACCACAUAGUUACCAAUAACGAUAACGAAUUCCUAAAUUAAUUCCUAAUUGAUCCCCACUUUAUUGAAUUAGAUUGUGUUUGGAACAGGAGGCAAACUUAGUCGUCUUAGUCGUUGUUUAGGGGCGGGCAGAGCAGAGCGUGAGUGUCGAGCUGGAGAAAUAAAUGAACAUUUUUUAAUUAAGCCAAUUUAAGGAAAUGAUGAAUAUAUAUUUUUUUGAAACUUUUUUGACGAAACCAUGAAUAUAAACAAAACAAACAAAAAACCAAAAACAAAAUGAAAAAUGAAUAAUGCAAAAUGAAAAAUGGAAAACACAUAAAGGCGAGUGGGAGCGCGGAGCCAGAGGAAUGAACGCUAGCAAAUCGAUGGGAAUAUGUGGCAUGGUGGUAUGAAAACAAGCUCAUUAUAUUUAAAAAAUAAAUAAGACAGUUUGGGAAUGGAAAAUAAAUGGAGGGCAUAUUGUAGGAGAGUAAGGGGAAAGGGAAGAGAACACGACGACAAAUGCGUAAACUAACUUUAAGUAAGCGUAAAAUGCAAGCAGCUAAUUAAACUUAGAAACAGAAAUACUUAAAUGAGAGUAAUGUACAUUUCGCUUGUUGCUAUUUUUAAGUUUUAAAUCAAAGUCUUUUAAAGAACUUUAUUCAUUUUCUUAUUAACAAUGAUACCAAAAAAAAACCCAAAAACCAAAAAAAAAAUCAAGCAAAGCAAAUGCGCAAACUGGUAAAAUUAAAUCAGAUGAAAAACCAAACUAAAUCUCUCUUUGUAAUCCUCCAGAAAAACAAAUUAACAAACUGAAGAAAAGAUCGAUCGAAAGCAUGAGGAAUCCUUUUCAACUCUCUGUGUAUUUUUUAAAGUAUUAUUUUUUGCAUCAAUGUGACGCUUCUAAGCAUUUUUAUAUGGCGAAAGAAUUGUAUUCAAAUCUCUAGUAAAAGCUAAAAUGAAGAACACGAAAAAACCAAAACCGAAAACCAAAAAAAUGACAAGAAAAGUGUGAAAAAGCGCAAUCUUUGCUACAACUUUCAAAUUUAUACGCGUACUUUUUGUGCCCUCAACUCUAAUGCAAAAGAUCAUUCAUGAAGGAUAACUGAAUUGGAGAUCGAGAGAUAACAGUUUAAAAAAAAAAACC